AUGAGAUGGUUAGUCUGUCAAUUUCUUAUUGUUGUUGGUUGUAUUGCUCAGCAAGUGGCGUUUGAUCUAUACGAUGAAGGUGUAAAUUUAGAAGAAAGUUUGAUAACGCGUUACUAUAAAAAGGCCAAUGAUUCAUUGCUUUGGGGACCCUAUAGAUCGGCAUUAUAUUUUGGUAUAAGACCCCGAUAUCCGAAAUCUUUGCUUUCUGGGUUGAUGUGGUUUUCAGUGAACGAUUACCAGUCAAUUGGGUCUAUGAGACAUUUUUAUGAACAAAGCGAUAACAUGGGAAGGGCUAAUUGGGUGGCUUAUGACCCACGAAUUGGAGGUAGGCAGAUAAUUGAGGAUAAUGACUGUCAUGUAACCAUUACUAUUGACUUUGUUAAGAGUACGGAUGGCUUAUCAUGGGGAACUAAAGUAAAAGCAGAACCACAUGCUGGUUACGAAGAAACAAAGAUAUCGUUUGUUUGGUACAGUGGGCUAGAAGGUGAGAAACAGUCUGAUAAUGGUGUUGACGAAACUGAAAUCGAGAGAACUGGUUACUUCAAAUUGAGUAACCAGAAAAAUAUAUUGGGUUAUGAGGAUAAUCUCCAAUUCGCAGGGAUUUCGGAAGAGUUGGGCGCAUUUGAAUUGGAAAUCAAUGAUGGUCCCAAAAAAAACAGGCAUCCCAGUGGUAGUGAAGUAGAUGCGGAUUUAGGAUUGGAUCCUAGUCUUGCUCACCAUUAUAGUUUGAGAGUACCCGACGAUAAUACAUGGAAAGCUAGAGAUAUAUUCAUAACAAUGUUGCAAGAGUCAGUAAAAGACCUUGAAACAAACAUUGGCACUAUUGGUCAAUUGGCUCCCGAGAAUUUGUUUAUUAUACGAGACUUGCAUAACUUUGAAGGAAACUUGCAUUUUGUUCAAAAAGUGUAUCAGGGUUCUUGUGAAUUUGAUGUUAUAUACACCAACGCAUUGACACCCACCCCAGAAAGAAUAACGUUUCAAAACAUUGAUAAACGAAUAAAAGCCAAUGCUGAAAGGUUUGACGCAAAUUUUGCAGAGCAUUUUCAGUUGCAAAAACCAUUCCAGUCUGAGAAAUAUAUGGGCUUUGCUAAGGAAAUUUUAUCAGGUUUGCUUGGUGGAUUGUCUUAUAUGUAUGGCAACCAUUUGGUUGACAGAGAAACUGUAUUUGAUGAGGAUACAUUUGAAUCUCACGAGCUUAAAGGAUCAUUUGAAGGGCCACAUGAGCUAUUCACGCUUGUACCGUCAAGACCAUUUUUCCCUCGUGGGUUUUACUGGGACGAGGGAUUCCAUUUAAUGCCGCUAAUUGGUUACGAUUCAGACCUCGUUUUGGAUAUUAUUAAGUCAUGGUUUAAUCUUAUUGACGACGAAGGUUGGAUUGCAAGAGAACAAAUUUUGGGACCGGAAGCAAGGUCGAGAGUGCCAUCUCAGUUUCAGGUCCAAAGUCCCCACAUUGUAAAUCCACCUACUUUGACCUUAGUGUUGACUAGCUUGCUAGAAACUAUAUCAGAGACUAAUAAAUUCGGUGAUAUAGCGGAACCAAACAAUCUUGACACCGAUGAUAAGACCGAGGAACCUGAAUUGGGCAAUUUCCUUAUGAAGAAUCCUGAAGUGCUUUUCAACUACACGAGGGAGAUAUAUCCCAAGUUGAAGUCCCAUCUUGAUAUGUUUCGCAAAACGCAGCAAGGGUAUAUUGAAGAAUUUGAUAGAAGUAUAGAAAACAACGAGGUAUUCAGAUGGAGAGGACGAACGAAAACUCAUUGUCUUGCGAGCGGUCUUGAUGAUUAUCCUCGUGCUCAACCUGUGGAUGUUGCUGAGUUGAAUGUUGAUUUGAUUUCGUGGAUUGGAAUAAUGACGAGAUCUUUACGCCUUAUGGCAGAGAUUUUGAAUCAGAAAGAUGACAUUGCUGAUUUGGAAGAUAUAGAAAAGAACAUCAAAAAUAACAUUGAGAAGAUUCACUGGUCGGACCAGAAUAACGCAUACUGUGAUGUCUCAGUAGACGACGAUGAUGAAGACGUAUUUGUUUGUCAUAAAGGCUAUGUUUCGUUACUCCCAUUUCUCACAAGAUUAAUUCCGGAAAGCGAUGUUCAAAAAUUGGAGCAUGUAAUUGAUAUGAUCACAAAUCCAGAAGAGUUGUGGUCGCCCUUUGGUGUUCGCUCAUUAUCUAAGUCCGAUUCCAAUUACAAAACCGGCGAAGACUACUGGAGGUCCCCAAUUUGGAUAAAUAUGAAUUACUUGAUCUUGAAAAGUAUACAAGAGUAUUAUAACACUAGUAUAAAUCUUAUGUCAUCUGGAUUACGUAGCAAGUUUGAAGACGCGUAUCAUGAUUUGAGGUUGAAUGUGGUGAACAAUGUUUUUAAACAAUGGGAGAAGACUGGAUUUGUUUGGGAGCAAUACAAUGAUGAAACAGGUGAAGCAAAGGGGGCCAAGAAUUUCUUGGGGUGGACCUCUGCAGUGCUAUUGAUGAUGGCUAUGCCAGAGAGAAUUAUAAACUAG